AUGACAGCACAGCACACAGCCUAAGAAGGCAUCAUAAAUUUUAGGUCUAUGGGAUUCUUUGAAUUGUAACUGACAAUUAAAUAAACAUUCUAAAACAAUGUCUCUACAUCGGAAGACUGCCCCCGACCCGGGGCCCCUUACUACUGAGAUAGUGUCUGAAAUUGACAGGGACAAGCAUAUUUUACUGCACAUGUUGGAUCUGCACAGGGAAAAGGUGGCACCUCUGGACCUUACAACAAUGCAAUAUGUAAGCACUACAAGCACUGAAGACUACCUUCCAAAGGACCCAACAGAGCUCUUCAAUGCAUUCCUCCGGCGGCUCUGGCUAUGUAAUCCCCAAGCCCGCAGCACUUGCUGCAAGGUACCAGUAGGAGUUUACGGUUUGGACAUGGAUGAGAAUUCACAAUGCGCUAUCAAUCCUUUAGACCUGGUUACUGUCAUCUACAUGACCACUAAUAGUUUCCUCCAGCAAGAGAUCACUCAGCGAAUGUUGCAGUGCAACUUUGCUGUGCCUUUGUAUCUUCCCCCUAUUCAUCCAGAAAAGAAGGGAACCAUCCUCCUGUGUCCUUUUAGAGGUAUUCUUGGUCAGUGGAAGUCACCUUCUGAGGCACCCAUCAUGAAGAACAUGGCCGAUUCCAGGAUGCCAUUUCUCUCCGCAGUGAGGCUAGGUUCCUGCAACAUCUCGAAAUCUCGAGUACUCAACCAUGUUCUUGGGGGUCCACAUGAGCAGAAUGACUGCUUCGUAAACUGUGGUAUGGAGGGAGGGCAGCUGCCUCGAGUUCUCUCUGAUGGUCUGGUGGAGGUUUGUUGGAACCUACAUUCAGGAGAUCAUCAUAACAACAUCUUUUCUCGUCCUGUGCUAGUAGCUAAUCUUCGUGGAGAUGCAGCUAACUGCGAAAAACAGAUGAGUCUUCUGUGUUACACAUCUGCAGUCCUCAUAGUUUUCUGUGGAUGUUUUGGUGUCAAGGAACGAGACCUACUUGCCUCAUGGAGGGACAAUACAAGCCACAUGAUUAUAAUCGACUGCUCAACAUCAGUAGAGGAUGGACAAGAGAAUCAAAAUGAGAAAAUGAAACAAAGGCUGAUGAAGGAACUUCCUGAUGGAACAAUGCUAAAUGGCUGUGAAGGUGAUGAGAAAGAAAUUGCUGAGAACUUAAGAGAUGUUCUGGAUCGCUUUAUUCCAUACCUGCACACCACAAACCUUGUAGGUACAGCCGGUAUGGCCAAUGACCUCAACAUUGAUGUUGAUGAAGAUGAGCUCUGUAGAAUGGCAUUCAGUGAAGUUGAAGAAGUCCUCAGUGGAAUUGAAGAUGGAGUGGCUAGCUAUUUGGAGAAUCAGCUGCCCCUGCAAGGUACAGUAUGGAAACAGUUGUGUCAACUGGAGAAGGAGGAGGCACGUCACCAACAGCAUACAUCCCAGAGUUUAACCGGGGAGAAGGACAACCUUAUAAAACAAUUGCUUGAUUAUAAACUAACAACAGCCAUGACAGCUUUUACUGCAGCUCUUUGUUCAUUUGACACAACCAAGAGGGCAUUCUUUCUCUCUUGGAUGAGAGUGAAACUUGAAGUUAUGCAAUUGGAUAACCUGUCCCAUCAAAGGGAAGCAGAUGAAGAACAAAUGCAAGAACCUUGCAUAGGACUUGAACAUUUCCUUCGAGAGAUGGGACUGAUCUACGAAAGAUACUUCCGUGGCCCAAACAGCGACUUGUACGACAUGUUCCGCUUACCAUAUUUAGGGGCUGAACUACUCUUUUAUGGAGUUCCCCUUGAACUCUAUGAUGGGGAUGCCUCAGUAUUUCCCAUGAACUGGGUAUACAGCACUCUUUAUGAGGUACACAAGCAGCUGCCAAAGUUCAGUCGCAUGAGAGUUCUGACAAUCCUAGGUUUCCACAACUCCAAGAAUGCAGAGAUCUUAUCUGCCUUGUUUGGCGUCAACUUCCCGAAGUGGGGCAGAAGGCAUAUCAAAGGGGCAUACAUGCUUCUCCUCAGCCUGCCUGACAACUUCAGAAUGGAGAUGGACUGUGAAUUUAUCUUGUUGAUUAGCACAGAAGGUUUGAAUGCCCAAACAGAAAGAAGCCUUGUGCAUGCUAGUGAACUGGCUACCUUUGUCAGUGGACUGAGUGACAUUACACUAAUAAAUCUACCAGAUGAGGAUCAGAACGAAUCAAGAAGCAACCUUCAGAUUGCUGUCAAUGCUAUUCUCUGCUCACGAAACUUGGAGAGGAAGACUACCUUCCAGGUUGCUUCAGAGGGAGCAGGAAUGGAUGGAAAAAUCAUGAGUUGUGUAAUUGAUUUACUGACCACAGGACAGCUCCCAAUAGAAUCUCAAAGAGAAAAAAAUCCCUCAAGUGAAACAAGAGGCAGCAGCACUGUGACUUCACAAAAUGAUCAAAUCUAUAGUGAUGCAAUUCUAAGGCUAAAGAAAAGACUGCUGACUAUGUUCCAUGAAAAGGCAACGAAUGGUCAGCCAACCUGCUUGGGUGCAUUUAUGGAGCAUAUGUUAAGUCUGUGGGAGUCAGUUAAAAAUGGAAAUGUUGCCAUAAAGUUUGGAGAAACGGCCACAGCUGAUGCCAUCAUUGGCCUCUGCAGAAAACUCGUACAGGAAGAGAAGCAGCUCAAUGAUCAACUGGAUCUUUGGGUUGAAGCAUUGGACAAUCACAUAACAGAGUUGAAAGAAUCUGCAUCCCAAAAUGGAGAACACAUGGAUUCAGAUAGGCUACUCAGAAUCUUGAGAGAUGAAGCAGCUACCCAAAUCAAUACAGAUAGAGACCAUAUUAAGGCAAGUCUCUGGGACUACCUUAGGCAGGAGGAUAUUGAUAUUGGCCUUGUGGAAAAUUACAAAGUAAGCCUUCACAAAAAAGUAGACCACAUUCAAGAGCAAAUGAUAUAUGAUGUUGCCCAGAAACUUGAGUCUGCUACCAUUUGUCAUGAUAUGAGAGUUAAGAUGCACGCCUUAUUAACAUCACUUGAAGCAACCCUGGAGGUGAGGUUACGUUCACUCUUGCAGACCUGCAAGAAAAAUAACUGUGUGAUUGAGGACAAGGAGCUUGAAUGUGAAUUUGUUAGUGUUUGGGAAAAUAUCCCAUCUAACAUGAAUGAUCCCCCCUUAGAGACACAAGAAAUCCUUACAAGGAUGGUGGAGCAGGUAAAGAAAAACCUAAGUGAUCGUGGUCUAAAAAAACAAAACAUAAGACUGCGAGAUGCAAACCAGCUCAAUGGCUUUAAAGUGAAGACUGCCCAUUUUGCUUUGAGUAGUAAGAUGAAGAAAACAAUGAAGUACAAUAAGGAUGUUGCACAAAGAUCCACCAAUAAGUUGAUAGAAGACUGCGACAGAAGAGUCUCAGAUAAAGUGUGCCACAAAGAGGGCUACUCAGAUAGCUACAUGAGAGAGUUGCUUGCAAUUGUUGACAAGGGUCUAGAACUUUUAAAAGGUGAGCCAUUCGUGAUGAGUCCCAAAUUUGAAGUGGAUAUCAAAGGAUACAUCUGUGGCAAAGCAGCAGAGUCCUUUCAAGAGGUGCAGGAGUCGUUCAUAAGGAAAGGGGAAAUAAAAGAGAGAUUCCUAAAUGAGACCAGGGAGAGGCACAUGUUGAGUUUCAUAAAUCAGUUCAGAAAAAGGGACCAGUGUCAAAAAGCUGCUCGAUCUUUCACCAAUCAGUGCCUCAAGCCAACAGUUGAAGACUUCGUUUACAACAGCUUGGAGAGACAGAUAUUUACUGAUAUGCUCAAGAGCAAAAAUGCGCAACUUUAUAGCUCACCAAAAAAAUUCCACUACAGUCUUCUUAAAGAAAUGCUGAUAAAGGACAGCUUUGACAAUUUCCAUGAGUACCUUCAGUCCCAUGAGAGCUUCUGCCGGAAGAGAGUUGAGAACUUUAUCAGAGUUCAUCUGUCAGGUACUGUUAUGAUCGAAGACUUCAGGGACCAGCGAAUGCACCAAAUCUUUGAUUGGGUGAAGAGGUGCAUUAAUCAGGCAUCUGAAUCUAGUAGUAGAGCACAGAGCAAUGUUAGACAACUACUUGAGAAAGUUUGUGCCAGCCUGGAGAGUCUAGGAAAAAUCACUGUGCCAACUCAAAUCUUGAAGAAACCUUUGUUUGACGUAAGUAUGCAUCAUGAGCAUUUCUUAGCGAACCUAGAGGAAUCAGUCUAUGAGUUAUCCUCAUCAAUUGCUCAGGAAUUUAUGGAGAAUGAGGAUGUCAUUGAAGUCCCUGAUGACCUCCCUGAUAAACUUCAGAACAUGCUAUAUGAAAGAGUCAAGGGGUGCGAUAAGCACUGUCCUUUCUGCAAAGCUCCAUGUGACCUGGAAUCAACAGAGCAUCAAGUGCACGAAGCAGUGGUGCAUCGCCCCAAAGGUCUAGUGUGUUAUACCAAUGCCAACUCUACCACCCUGUCUCACAACACCUGCUCUGCAGAUAUUGCAGGACAAAACCAAUUUCAAAACAGAGAUACAGCGGGCCGGUCUCUGCCCUUUAAGGAGUACCAAUCCAUCUACCCAGACUGGAAAAUUUACCCAGAAGAUCCUAGGAAUAAUGGAGCUGCAGUCUACUGGAGAUACGUGUUCAUGAGGUACAACAGUAGAUUUGCUCAAAAAUAUCAGUGUACACCUGCAAAAUUACCCGAAGCAUGGGGAAAUAUCACUCAGAGGGAGGCACUACAGAGCUUGAGGGAGGCCUUUCAAAUUACAGAGUGAUAAUGUCCUGCACCAGCUUUAUUACAUGCAUGUCUGUUGAUAAAACAGUAUACUAUUACAGAGCUUCAACACUAUUACAGAACUCUAAAUAAAAUCGACAGAAGGUGAAAUUCUGAUUCAUCACUUAUAAGCCAGUUGAUGAAAGAAUUGAUGAACUCUUUCCUGUAAUACUGUGGUUUAAAUAUUUACUUAUUUGCAUCUUAAAUGUUAAAUGUAAAAAUCUAAACAUAUUUCAGUAAUACUCACUGUAAACAAUUUCCUCUGAUACUCUACCAAUAAGAUGUAUGCCAAUAUGGCACUGUUACUCUAUUGUCAUUAUGAAUGCUGCAAUGUCUGCAACUUAAUUGCAAAAAAUAUUUCAUUAAAAACUACCUUAAAAUCUU